AUGACCAAGAAGCGUCGAAUUAAGCACUCUCGCCGCCGCUCAUUCUCGGAGAGCGACGUGCACGCGCGGGUGAAGAAGGCCAAGCACCGGAAAGAGGAUCUCUCGGUGUCUACGUCUGCGGCCGCGGUGGCGCAUUUCCAUGCGCUGCAAAGUUGCUCGUCCAGUGCCGCUCUCGCCGACGUGUUCGAGUGGCUGGGAGACGCCGUCAUUGGCGAGUUGGUGGGCCGCUGCUUGCUGUCUCAAUUCCACCAGGCGCCGUUGAGCGCGCGGGUAUUCCGCAACUUAAGAUUGGCAGUGGUGACGAACCGCAACUUAGCGCAGGUGUACGAUGCCAUGGGGUACGCGGCAGUGCAGCGUCGUAACCUACAGGAAGACGCAAGCUGGAAGAGCGUGAAGUUGAAGCAACGAGCGGAUGUGGUUGAAUCGGUGGUGGGGGAGUUGGUGCUUAAGUUGCACCAACGUAAUGAUGACUCUGACGGGUAUCGAGCUCAUCUGGACACGGUACUGUCCUCGAUGCUCCACUGUCAUUUUACAGAGAGAAGCCAAGCAGCUAAGGAGAAAGGGGAAACAAUGAUGGCAGCUAAAGGACCGCUAAGUGUGGCGUUCAACCCGUUCACAUGUUUACCGGAUGAACAAUUGGAUGAGAAUACAGGGGAGCUUAUCGUCACAAAAGGUGUCGAAGUAUUUGAAGAGGAGAGAGAAGAAGAAUUCUCAGUGGACGAGUAUAAAGAUUCAGAGGUGGAGAGUAAAGAUACUACCCGGCAUCAUUACUUUGCAGUUGGAAACGCCACCAUUGAGGACGAGACCGUGCGAAUAGCUAUGAUUCAACUGGAUGAAGAGCACAUUUUACGGACAUCGAGGGAGAUUUUUGAAGUGUUCAAGAUCUACGGAAUGGCGGUAUUGUCCGAGAAGAUCAGUCUAUUGCUAGCGCUACCACACGUGUCACUGCAGCUCAGCAAACAGUCAGAGAUGGUGACUCCAGCGAGACUUACAAGACAGAGACAGCGCAUACUAUCAGUGGCGAACCUUGCUAAAUGUGCAAUUAAUCUCGGAAUUGCGGAACGUAUUCACAAAAUCGAGGACGAAGCUGCUCGACUGCAAGAAGAGUAUGGACUUGCGAACACUCUUCGUGCCUUUGCGGGCUUCCACAGUGCCGUGGCUACCACUUCGACAUCCUCAAAUCGCCCAAGUAACGCGUUGAUUAACGUUAUCUGCACAGCUCUACAUGACGCUGCGUUUACUGGCGACAGUGAAUUAACCUCUUCAGUGUUACGGUCUAAGAUCCCUGAGCGAGAGCCACUAGUAGCGAUGAUGCAGUCAGUGGGGGAGGCACGAGUGUUCAUGAACAGCAAAGCGUGUGACGAUCUACACGCGCUUGGAGAGAGACCGAUGUCAAACGCAGCUCGAGAGCGAGAACGGAAGCUAAAACCUUCUCUAUUACUCCGUCAGUGCGACUCGAAUACACUAGAAAACCUGUUCGAGACACUUAAUAAGGAGCAAGAAGCGCAGCGAAAUCAACGCGACGUACCUUCAACUCGUAAAAGGAGGCCCAAGAAGAAGAAAACCACUGAAGGCUUCGCUGCUACUGCUGGCUGUAUCACUCGCAAUCUGGAGCGCUUCCUUCACCGUCGCUUCCUCUUCUGUCUAGAAGAGAUCGUUGUGCUCUUUGCACAGCGCAAAACAGAAGCUUGUCGAGCGCAGAUCGCCGGGUUCGAGCACGAUCUUGAGCCAUGCGCUGAGCAGCCUCACUUCCGCAAGUGGGAGGUCUCGACUAUUCCACGCCGUCAUUUCGACCAGCAGGAACACGAAGGAUGGAACGCGGAUCACACAGCUUCGUCUGCCGCUGCAUUACUCGUGGUCUAA